UCUAGUAAUUUUCUAUAAUAGUCAUCUGAUAAUCCUUAACAGAAACUUCCAAACCCACUUGACAAGUUUAGAAGAUUAUCAAUGGAGAAGUUCUUUCUCUUCCUCUUCCUCUUCCUCGUGCUCUUGUUUUUUCUCAACGCUGCUGUAUCUCAAGACAUGAAGAAUUGGGUAGGGAUUGACUGUGGAUCACAAACAAGCCAGUACAAGAAUGAACUCACAUGGCAGACAGAUGAAGGUUUCAUUAAAACAGGUGAAAAUAAAUGGAUCUCUCCCAACAGCAAGACAAAACUAGACCAACUGAGAACACUACGAGUCUUCAAAGAACAGAACAAGAACUGUUACAGCUUGCCAGCUCCGACAACAGACAGGUACUUCAUUAGAGCUAUGUUUCACUACGGGAAUUACGAUGGUCUCUCAAACCCACCAACGUUUGACCUCCAGUUUGAUGGAAACAAAUGGAUUACUGUCCAGACUUCACUUUCUGACACCAUUUUCCAUGAAGUAGUGUACGCAAGCAAGGGAAAUAAUAUCAGUGUAUGUUUGGCUCGCACUCAGGAUAACCAGUUCCCAUUUAUUUCCAUGCUAGAAAUUUGGGCAAUUCCUGACGAUUCCUACGAUAUCAUGACUAGAGACAAAGCCUGGAUUAAAGCCUAUCGCUACAGUUAUGGUGGUUCUGAUGUAAUUCUUGGUUACCCAGAAGAUAGGCUGAACCGCAUAUGGGUGCCAAUGACACCACAAGAUCUAAAUGCAGUGAAAGCCAAUUUCACUACCCUGGACUAUACAACUGUGAAUUAUCCUCCUGAUGAAGCAAUAAUCCAUGCUGUGGAAUCUCCACUGCCGUCAGAAUCGAUCCUUUUGCAGCCUUUUACAAUCACUGAAAUGACACGGCUUGACCAUGUUUCAGUAUAUUUCACAGAAAUAGUUCAAGAUAUUAAUGCUAUUAGGACUUUUGAUUUAUAUGUGAAUGGAAAAUGGGAAUUCACGAUUACCCCACAGUACAAAAACUGUACAGGUUACAUGAUAAAUACUCGAUCUUUCACUUUUCUGAAUGUUGAGUUAUUUCCAAGCUUUGAUUCCACAUUACCGCCGAUAAUUAGUGCCAUUGAAGUAUACACGGCCACAGACUCUCUUGUUUCUGCAGGAACCUCACAAGAUGACUUGGAUGGUUUAGCUGUUCUCAUAGAUUCAUUCGAGCAGCUGAAGGGAUGGAGUGGUGAACCUUGUCUCCCAAGUGAUACUGUGUGGCAAUGGCUGGCUUGCACAGGCAGCUACGUGAACCCACCAAGGGUCACUUCAAUAAACCUAUCAGGAUAUGGUCUGAAUGCUCAUCUCCCUGAUUUCAGCCAAAUGCAAGCCCUUGAAACAAUAAAUCUGUCAAACAACAGUCUUUCUGGUCCAAUUCCAGAUUUCCUUGGAAACCUGCCCAGUCUAACAUUGCUUGACCUUCGAGAUAAUGGCUUUUCUGGAGAGAUUCCUCGAAGUAUCACUGAUAAUAACAAAUUAACUUACUACUUGGAUGGGAACCCAAAUCUCGAUCAACCAAAGAAAAAGAAUUUAGCACUUAUAGUUGGUUUAGCCGUUGGAAUACCAAUAUUCCUACUACUAGUAAUUGCAGUGAUAAUUAUAGUUUACUUCUCAAAGAGAAAGCCACCGGCACCUAGCCCAGUGCAAGCAACGGAACUACAGAUGGGUGAGACAAAUCAAAAUGAGAAUACUUUUGUGACAGUAACCACAGAAGCAAUGGUCAAGCCAAAUUCAAUAGAGCAAACAACUUUACAGUCGGAAGGAGAGAGUUUUACAUCAGCACCAAAUGGCACACAUGCAAAUAUGCCAAUACAUGCAAAUGGCUAUUCUGCAGAAAUAAGUGGAGAAGAUAUUUCAAGCAAUAUUAAUUCUGAAAUUAAUAAUCAUCAACUUGGGGUUCAAGACAUUGAUGAAGAAGAGCUAAAUGAUCUACUUCGACAGCAUGGAAGUACAGGAGCCAAUGUGAGAACAUAAGUUGUUAAGCCCUGUGCUUCUGAUGGCUUAACUAAGGCUUUAGGUGAUGUUUUUAGAAAAUUAAAGAAGCAUUAGUUUUUUCCCAACUUUACCCCUUGUCUAUAUUGUUCACCAUGCAUCAUCUAUUUCUUUCUUAUAUCAUUUUCCCCGGUGAAUGUAAUAAGUGUACUAUAAGGGUGACAAACUUUUGUCAGUUGCUUGUAUUUUUAUUUUACAAAAAAAAAUGUUAUCCAAUAAUUUGAAAUAAGAUAGAUAAAGACUAGCAUCUUUUGAGUGACUUACA